UUUCCCUCGUAGGCGUGAUUAUUGACGUCCCAUCAGAUCAUCUGCAGACAUGCGUCUUCACCUACUAGUACUAAGUGUGAUUGUGGUAUCGUUGUUAGUCUCCGACAAUGCGCAUGCGAACUCACACGACGACAGCAAGACCAGAGCGUUAAGAGAAACUCCAAUCAAUGGACUCGUCACCAACCAAUUGGCCGUUAGUCGUAAUUUGACACCAGCCAAGUUUAUCACUAACAGUGAAGAGCGCCAUAGCAGCGAAAAAAAGUCUAGGCGACUUCAAAUCUACUUCCACUCGCCCUAUUACGGUAUCCAUCCUGUUGAUUAUCAUUAUGUGGGGUCAUAUGAGAGUGGAGUUACGACGAUUUGUUCAAUAGUAUUGUUUGUGAUGGUUUUUGGAUGCCUUUACAAGAUUUUCUCUCAGUGAGGCCAUGUUCGACAUUCGUGGCGUAAUUUCAUAAUUAAAUUAAUGUCACAAUAAUGCCGAGUUUGUCAGUAUUUUUUUAAAAAGUUAGUGUCCAUGGGUAACAUCAUCAGCAACAUUUUUGCCAGAUUGCCAGGAGUAUAGACAACGAGUUUGUAUCGUUGUUGUGAUCGUACCGACAAGACUGUAGUCAGUUUGCAUGUCUUGUGGCAUCUAUACCCGACGCUUUUUUUACGGCAACGAAGUCGGCAGUUUUAGCAAUUAUUUGGUCAGGAACUUUAUUGCCCAGAAUCUAACUUUUCUUUUGUUCAUAGCAGAGCCUAAGCUACACACCGAGAAGAAGAGUCUAAAUUGGUGUUUAAAAGCAAACUUAGUGAAAUGAUGUCUAGCCUACAAUACAACUUCCUUACGUGGUUGGAACAGUAUCUUGUUUAAGAAUAACUGAUAAAGUAUCAACGACGACAUGCAAUCUGAGAUACAUCGUACUGAUGAUAGUGUAGCAAUGUCGUUGACAAACACUGCCUCAGCAGCU